AUGUUUCAAGUGCAUAUUAAGAAGAAAACGAAGAAAUUUGAGUGCAAAGUUUGUGGAGCAAAGCAAUCGUACAAACACAUAUUUGGUAUAUCUAAUCAAGCAAAGGAUUUAAGACAAUUAUGUGGAGAGUAUAAUGAAAAAAGAAUAAUAGAAGAAGAACAAAACAUUGAAAAACAAGUUAAACAAAAAGAAGAAGAAGAAGACAAAGUUUUGUAUAUUACGGAAGAAGAAGAACAAAAAAGGAUAAACAAAGGAGAACAAUCCAUUUGGAAAGAAUUUGAGGAAGAAGAAGUUGAAGAAGGUGAUUUAUAUCAGAAAAUGAUAAAACCAUUUGAAACGAAAGACGAGGAAAAGAAAAGAAAAACAGAAAAGUCAAAGAGAUGUAAAGAAAAAGAAGAGAAACAAAUAAAAAGACAAAUAACAACUAAAACACAAACAAUAAAACUUUCCAAAGAAAAAGAAAUAAAUGAAGAAAUAAAUGAUAUUGAAGAAAUAUUAGCAUUAUUUGAUAAUAACUCUCAAAAAAUAAAAGAUGAAAAAGUUAAAGAAAGUCAAGAAAAUAAAUAUAUUCAAAAACCUUUAAUUUUAAAGAAUGAAGAAAAUAAACAAACAAAGUCAUCAAUCAAAUUGAGUACAAUUUUGCAGACAUUGAAACAAACCACAAGUCAAAUUCCUGAAGAGGAUGAAUUUCUUUUUGGAGGGAAUGAGCAAGAUGAAGAAGAUAAUAUAAGAAAGAAAACAACAUCAAUAUGGGAUGAUUUUUAA